CAGGCGGUAGGGCUGCGGUAGGGGCCGGGCGGCACCAUGGCGGCGGCAGCGCCUGCUGCGGCGGCUUUAACCGAGGCGCCGGCCGUCCCGGGCACCGCAGAACCCGAGACGGGAGACGAGGACAGUCGUGAGAUGAAGCAAAAAAUUUAUUGCCAUAUCUUGGACCCAACAAAAUGCGGGAUUGUUUCUGCACUAUAAAUUUGGACCAGGAAGAAGUUUAUCGCACCCAGGUUGUUGAAAAGUCUUUAAGUCCAUAUUUCAGUGAAGAAUUUUAUUUUGAGAUUCCAAGAACUUUCCAGUAUUUGUCAUUUUAUGUUUAUGAUAAAAAUGUUUUACAAAGAGAUCUUCGUAUAGGAAAAGUAGCCAUCAAAAAAGAAGACUUGUGCAGUCAUAGUGGUAAAGAAACUUGGUUUUCAUUGCAGCCUAUUGACUCAAAUUCAGAAGUUCAGGGAAAAGUUCACCUUGAAUUAAAACUGAAUGAAUUGAUAACAGAAAAUGGAACUGUGUGCCAGCAGCUUGUUGUACACAUCAAGGCAUGCCACGGGUUGCCUCUUAUCAAUGGACAAAGCUGUGAUCCUUACGCAACAGUUUCCCUCGUGGGCCCUUCCAGGAAUGACCAAAAGAAGACAAAAGUAAAGAAGAAAACAAGCAAUCCACAGUUCAAUGAAGUCUUCUACUUUGAGGUAACCAGAUCCAGCAGUUACACCAGGAAGUCCCAGUUCCAGGUGGAGGAGGAAGACAUUGAGAAGCUGGAAAUCAGGAUUGACUUGUGGAAUAAUGAAAACCUAGUUCAAGAUGUUUUCCUGGGGGAGAUUAAGGUUCCUGUCAAUGUGUUAAGAAAUGAUUCCUCUCAUCAAGCCUGGUACUUGCUACAACCAAGAGACAAUGGAAACAAGUCGUCUAAACCUGAUGACCUGGGAUCCCUCCUGUUAACUCUGUGUUACACAGAAGACUACGUGCUCCCAUCAGAGUACUAUGGACCCUUGAAAGCUUUGCUGCUAAAAUCACCAGAUGUUCAGCCAGUAUCCGCCUCAGCUGCUUAUAUUUUGGGUGAAAUAUGUCGAGACCAGAAGGAUGCCGUUUUGCCCCUCGUACGACUGUUGCUGCAUCACAAUAAGCUUGUUCCCUUUAUCACUGCGGUGGCUGACCUGGACUUGAAGGAUACUCAAGAUGCCAACGCAAUAUUUAGAGGAAACUCCCUGGCUACCCAGUGUCUGACUGAGAUGAUGAAGAUAGUGGGAGGGCACUACCUGAAAGUCACAUUGAAGCCUGUUCUGGAUGAGAUAUGUGAGUCCUCGAAAUCCUGUGAAAUAGAUCCUGUUAAGUUGAAAGAGGGAGAUAAUGUGGAGAGUAAUAAGGAGAAUCUGUACUACUAUGUGGACAAAGUAUUCAGUGCGAUCGUAGGAUCAAGUGUGAGCUGUCCCACUGUGAUGUGUGAUAUUUUUUAUUCUCUGAGACAGAUGGCUGCUAAGAGAUUUCCUAAUAACCCUCAUGUUCAGUACUCUGCCGUGAGCAGCUUUGUGUUUCUUCGUUUCUUUGCUGUAGCGAUUCUGUCACCUCAUGCUUUUCAUUUGCGACCUCAUUAUCCAGAUACACAGACAGUUAGGACUUUAACUCUCAUCUCAAAAACCAUUCAGAUUAUUGGAAACUGGGGAUGUCAAUCCAGAAGAAAGUCACGGUUCAAAAAGUCAGUCAUGUGUGAAUUUCUCAAAAUGUUUCAAGAAGAAAGGUAUUUUACAGACGUGAAAAAGUUCUUGGAUGAAAUUUCGUCUACGGAAACUAAGGAGUCCAGUGGUACGAGUGAGCCUGUGCACCUGAAAGAAGGUGAGAUGUAUAAAAGAGCUCAAGGAAGAACCCGUAUUGGAAAAAAGAACUUCAAGAAACGAUGGUUCUGCUUGACAAGCAAAGAGCUCACCUACCACAAACAGCAAGGCAAAGAUGCAAUUUACACUAUUCCAGUAAAGAACAUUCUUGCUGUGGAAAAACUGGAAGAAAGCUCUUUCAACAAGAAAAAUAUGUUCCAAGUGAUCCAUACGGAGAAAACGCUGUACAUCCAAGCGAAUAACUGUGUGGAAGCUAAUGAGUGGAUCGACAUGCUGUGCAGGGUGAGCAGGUGCAACCACAACAGGCUCAGCUCCUUCCACCCGUCAGCAUAUCUCAACGGAAACUGGCUCUGCUGCCAGGAGACCAGUGAAGGCACACCAGGCUGCAAGCCAUGCACUGCAGGCAUCCCUGCAGACAUCCAGAUAGAUAUUGAUGAAGACAGAGAAACAGAAAGAAUUUACUCCGUUUUUACCCUCAGUUUACUUAAACUGCAGAAGAUGGAAGAGGCUUGUGGGUCUAUAGCUGUAUAUCAGGGGCCACAGAAAGAACCUGGUUAUUCUAAGUUCACCAUCGAGGAUUCUGUCGCAACCUUUAAGACAAUUCAGCAAAUAAAAAGCACCAUAGAGAAACUAGAUGAACCUCAUGAGAAAUACAGGAAGAAAAGAUCGAGUAGUGCAAAAUACGGAAGCAAGGAAAAUCCAAUUGUGGGAAAAAUAUCAUAGUGUUUGAUCAACUGACGGAGAACUGGAAAAUACUCUUAUCAUCGAGUUUUUCAAUUCACCCCAUUUGUUCCAGUGUGUAAGAGCGGACAUUGGCUUUGAAGACACCUGCUCUUGCAAUGUAUUUAAUAUUUAAUGAUUGAAAUUAACUGGGGAUCCUGAUACUGAUGUGUUUAUUACUAAAGAAUUUGAAAACCAAGAUUUCCUUCAUAGCCAUGCAUCCAAAUCCAUGUCUCUGCAACUUCCUUUCAACAGAAAGGAUCUUUCUAAGGAACGUUCCCAAGAAGCUUUGUAAUAAGGGAGCACUUGCUAGCAAGAAGCCAUCUCUACUUGGAGCACUCCUGUGUCACUCACUACCAUCAGUGCCUGCCCUGUGCUGCCAACAUUGAGCUUCCAGAGAAUUCCAGCUCCUUGUCAGUUCGGAACUUUUCAUUAAGUUCAUCUGGACCUUCAAUCUUUACAAAAAGAAAAGAAAAAAGAAAAGAAAACCUUUUUCCUCUGUUGUAUUAGCCAUUACAGGUUAGAGAAAGACACAAAAACGCCAGCAAACCAUUGAAAGCUGGUGGGUGUCUCUCCUGGUCCUGGGUGUGAGCGUGCUCAGCUGUCAGGGAAUGUGUGCUCCUGUGUGCACCAUGUUUACAUUGGGAUGAGUGAUGGUGCAGGAGACAAUGGACCACUAAAGUGCUCUCCGUUGUUUAACUGUCAGGUACUCAUUUUCUUAAUUAGAGAAUUCAGUUUAGCACUCCUCCUGAGGGCAUCUCUUCCCAACCAGAGAAGCAGUGAUAGUGAGGAGAUCACUUGCCGUUGCCUUCUGCCCCACAUCAUAGUAAGGGUGUGUAAGGAUGCCCUCCGUAGUGUUAGGUCCUGCUCUAACUCGAGAACGGUCACUUGGCGCACUUUAAUAAUCUGGCACAUUCCAGAUUGUAGUUUGGAUACUCAGUAGUAUCUAUCUUUUGAUCAGUUGAAUGAUCAGUGUUUAAAUAUCAAACAGUGCUUUCCUGAAAAUGUUGAUAUCGUAUUGCUGUUUCCUCAUUGCCUGCUAGCCAAGGGGAGUUAGGAGCAGCAACUGUUGGAAUUCCUGUUUUUCCUGACUCUACUUGGUCCUAAACCCUAACUGUAAAUAAGCAGUUGAAGCAAGUGCACCCUGAAGAGGAGUGAUACACUUGGCUUCCUCAGUAUUAAAACCAUGGUACUUACUUGUCAUUUGAAUUCAGAACAUUUUCUGAUGUGGUACUUUGAACCUUGGGGUAUUUACAUAUGUUCCUGUUGAAAACUGUGACUUAUUAGUGUAAGUCUUAACUAGCUGUGAUCUUCUGUUUCAUUGAACUUAAGCUGUAUUUCAGAAUAUAUUUACCAAUUAUGUUGUUGCUGGGUAAUUAUUUUUACUUCCUUAUUAGGUAUUUCUUCUAAAGAUCAUUAACACAGAAUUGUCCCAUUAAAAAAUCAUGACUGAUUUUUUUAUUUUUUAAAAAAUGACUUUUAAGUCAGUACUGGCCUACAUUGUGCUAUAUUGUGACUCUCUGUGUAUACUAAAGUUUAAAAGACUCCUUUAAAUCUGACAAACUUAUAGAUCUAAUUAUACUGUUAUAGAUGUUUUUUAAAAAGAUUAACCAUUUAAUAAAUCUUUCAUGAACCUCGUAUUAAAAUACCUACUUAGAUUCUCCAAAAUGUCUACCUGAAAAGGGCGAGAGCUGGGGACAUUAAAGAGUUCAGGUCUCUUGAGUGGUUUCCAAUAAUCUGUUGGUUGUUUUAUUUAGAGUCUUUCUCCCCCACCCCAACCCCCAAAAGGAUGAUUUCCUAAUGAUUUCUUCUUGUUUUUUUGAGACAUAGUCUCACUAUGUAGUCCUGGCUGGCCUAGAACUCAUAGAAAUCCAUCUGCCUCUGCAUCCUGGAUGCUGGGAUUAAAUGUGUACACCACUACAACCAACCCACCUAACAUUUCUAAUAUCAAACUCCAAUUACAAAUAUUUUUUUUUCUUUUCUUUUUUUCGGAGCUGGGGACCGAACCCAGGGUCUUGCGCUCGCUAGGCAAGCGCUCUACCACUGAGCUAAAUCCCCAACCCCAAUUACAAAUAUUUUUAAUGAUCAUAGGAUCGAAGGGGCCAAAGCUGUAUGCAUGUAUAAUUCUGAGAGCUCAAUAUUGUAGUUCUUUUAUUCACAUGACCCUUUAAGCAGCCAGCCUGACUGGAAUCAAUUAGCCAGCUUGGCACAGUAUAAAAAGAGAAACAUAAAACUAAUUUUCCUUCUAAGUCUUCCAAUCAGAAGUUACGUCCACAGGACCCUAAGACAAUCAAAGCCCUUUUAGGGGCCUUCUGCUCUGCUCUGCUCUAAUCUGCUCUGCUCUGCUCUGCUCUUUUAGUACUUGGACUCUUAACUCCAUGAGCUCCUUUCUCUGCCUUUUACUAAGAGCAUUGAAAAAGCAUAUAUCUAUGAAAGGACAGAGAGGGCAGAAGAUGACGGGCAGACUCAGCAUGGAUACUCACCUGCCCCGACUCCAGGUGGAGCCGUGUCUAUCCAUUGAGACGGCACUGAUCUGCUGGGUGCUUUGUUUAGCUUGUUUUAAAUUGUCAUGGGAUAAGACACUGGGCAACUGCAAAGGUUUCUUUACUCCCAGGAAUAUAAUUUAUCAAAUCAAACUAUUUUGUUUACCAAAGAACUAUGUUUUUAAUAUCACAGGUAAUAGCUAAGCAUAAAAACUGGGCUCUUAUUUUCCCAACAAAAAACAUCAUGUGACUGAUGGCUGGGGUUUUGUUUGUGUUUCCAAGGCCUGAUUGCAUUCUUUUACUGGAAAAGUUCAUUCAAGCUAGGUUUUAAAAAACAGAUUUCUUUUAAGUGAGCGCACCUUCUAAACUGCUCUAGAGUCUAUGGAGUCUCCUAUAAAGAUAGUCUCAGCAGAGCUUUCCAGUGUCCUCACAUCUGUGACAAAUGCAAGACUCAUUCUAGAGUUAAAUGACUGAUCAUGGUUGAUGUUACCUGCUUCCAUUUUUAACUUGGGAAUUAAUAUGUUGCUAGUUAAUACUGGUUUUUACAGUGUCUUCGUUUGAAAAUGUAAGUUAUCAGAACGUAAUAUAGUGAAUUUGUGUAACCAUGUUGUAUUGUUGAGAAUGUAUUUUUAUUUAAAUUUUAUUUUCUUAUGAAGAGUAUUAUAAAAAUUAAAAGCUUUUGUAACUGUCAUUUGAAAUAACUCAAAUAAAGUAGAAGAGUCCUGUC